UCCCGCAGCGUCGGCGGCAGCGUCCUCAGCUCCAGCCCUGGGAGCCCGGUCACCUACCGGCGCCUCUUCUGUUCCUUCCAGCUCCUGGGAAACAGCGCCCCAGGGGGACGGCGAGGACCCGCGACUCCGCCACCUGCGGCCAGCGGUAGGCGCAACAUGGCGCCCCCGGCGCCGAAAGCCCGGACGGGCAAACGCCAGCCCGCGUAGAGCCGCCCGGCCCCGCCCUGCCUGUGACGCUCCCGCCGGAAGUACCGGCAGCGGGCGCGCGGCCUCGACUCUUCUCUAAGAUGGCGGCGGCGCUGGCCGCAGGUUGCUUGGCGGCCCGACGGCUCCUAUGGGCUUGGCCUGGCCGCCGCCUUGUGCGAGGCUCCGCGCCAGCAGGCCGGUUCAUACAUCUUGGGACAAGCAGAUUAAGAGCUACGAAGGCAGCAACACAAAUAGUCUUAAAUGUUCCUGAGACUAAAGUAUCAUCUCUGGAAAAUGGCCUAAGAGUAGCUUCUGAAGAUUCUGGACUCUCAACAUGCACAGUUGGUCUUUGGAUUGAUGCUGGAAGCAGGUAUGAAAAUGAGAAGAAUAAUGGAACAGCUCACUUUCUGGAGCAUAUGGCUUUCAAGGGGACAAAAAAGAGGUCUCAGUUAGACCUGGAGCUAGAGAUUGAAAACAUGGGAGCUCAUCUUAAUGCCUACACAUCCAGAGAACAAACUGUGUAUUAUGCAAAGGCUUUCUCAAAGGAUUUACCAAGAGCUGUGGAGAUUCUUGCUGAUAUCAUACAGAAUAGUACACUGGGAGAAGCAGAAAUUGAGCGCGAGCGAGGAGUUAUCCUUCGAGAGAUGCAGGAAGUUGAAACCAAUUUGCAGGAAGUUGUCUUUGAUUAUCUUCAUGCCACGGCCUAUCAGAACACCACACUGGGAUGUACAAUCUUAGGACCCACAGAAAACAUCAAAUCCAUAAAUCGCAAUGACUUGGUGGAAUACAUAACAACACAUUAUAAAGGACCCCGGAUAGUGCUGGCUGCUGCUGGAGGAGUCUCUCAUGAUGAAUUGCUUGAUUUAGCAAAUUAUCAUUUUGGUAACUUGCCGUCUGCUCAGGAAGGAAUGCCAACCUUGCCCCCUUGCAAAUUCACAGGUAGUGAGAUUCGUAUAAGAGAUGACAAAAUGCCUUUGGCACACAUCGCAAUCGCUGUUGAAGCAGUUGGCUGGUCUCACCCAGAUACAAUUCCCCUUAUGGUAGCAAAUACUCUGAUAGGCAACUGGGACCGUUCUUUUGGAGGAGGAGUGAAUUUAUCCAGCAAGCUUGCCCAGAUCACUUGCCAUGGCAACCUGUGUCAUAGCUUCCAAUCUUUCAACACUUGUUAUACUGAUACUGGCUUGUGGGGGCUCUACAUGGUUUGUGAACCAUCCACUGUACAGGACAUGAUGCACUUUGUUCAGAGAGAAUGGAUACGACUCUGCACAAGUGUUACUGAAAGUGAAGUAGCUCGAGCCAAGAACCUUUUAAAAACAAAUAUGCUAUUACAGCUUGAUGGGUCCACCCCCAUCUGUGAAGACAUUGGGAGACAGAUGUUGUGUUACAAUCGCAGAAUUCCAAUUCCUGAACUUGAAGCAAGAAUUGAAGCUAUUGAUGCCCAGAGCAUAAGAGAGAUUUGCACAAAGUACAUUUAUGAUAAGAGCCCUGCCAUCGCUGCUGUGGGUCCGAUUGAACAACUUCCAGAUUAUAACAGAAUCCGUAGUGGCAUGUACUGGCUACGUGCUUAGGAACACAGCUGCUUUAGAAACCUGGUAUCUUCAUUAAAACACUUGUCACAAGGCAGAGACAAAUUUGACUUUUUCCCUCAAACCCAAAUUCAGUACAAAAGCCCUACUGUGGGAAACAUUCAAGUGUCCAAAAAUUACAUAAAUGUCACUUGAGACAUCAUAUUGAUAGUUAAUUUCAUUUACGCAACUGGCAAGCAACAAGGUCCGACCAUUGUCCUUACCCUUGUUGUGUGUGCAGAAACUAGAUUUAUUCAUGUGUGUGACAUUUUGAAAUUUCUAUAUUUGUUGAAAGAAGAAAACGUACAGUAUUUGCAUUUUAUUAUAAAACGGAACACAACAAA